GGGAGGGGAAGAGAGGUGGUUAGUGAUUUGAUUCUUGUCUUCCUGGCGAGGGCUACUACUAAAAACACUAAAACAAAUAGUGUUACUUUGUGUUGGAGUAUCCGUAACCAACAAACCCAACCAUACACUUAUUAACACUCAACGCUCUAUUGUUGAGAUCUGAAAUCUCAAUAACAAAAUGAGGGAACCGUCGUCGGUGGGAUUCGAAGCAAACGGCGUCGUUUCCCCUACUCCUAUUCCCCCGCAGCCUCUCCUUGAGAGGCUCAAGGACUAUGGCCAGGAAGACGCUUUUGCCCUCUGGGAUGAGCUCACUCCUGACGAGCGCCACUCUCUUGUCAAGGAUAUCGAGAGUUUAGAUCUUUCGAGGAUUGACCGGAUUAUACGAUGCUCGCUUCGAUCUCAAGGGCUGCCGACGGCUGCCAUUGAACCGGUGCCAGAGAGCAGCGUGUCGACGGUGGAGGAUAGAACGCAGGAGGAGAGGGAGAGAUGGUGGAAGAUGGGCUUGAAGGCCAUUUCCGAUUGCAAAGUAGCUGUAUUGCUUUUAUCCGGUGGCCAGGGGACCCGGCUUGGAAGUGCAGAUCCUAAGGGAUGUUUUAAUAUUGGACUUCCUUCUGGAAAAUCACUUUUUCAACUUCAAGCUGAGAAGAUUUUGUGUGUACAGAGAUUAGCUGCGCAAGCUAAUGAGAGUUCUGCUUCUUCUGUACAAAUACACUGGUACAUCAUGACCAGUCCGUUCACUGAUGAGGCGACACGCAAAUUCUUUGAGAGUCAUAAAUAUUUUGGUCUUGAAGCAGAACAGGUUACCUUUUUCCAGCAGGGGACCAUCCCCUGUGUUUCCAAGGAUGGUAGAUUUAUUAUGGAGACUCCAUACAGGGUGGCAAAGUCUCCUGAUGGGAAUGGUGGAGUGUAUUCAGCUCUUAAAUAUUCCAAAUUAUUGGAGGAUAUGGCUUCAAAAGGAAUCAAGUAUAUCGAUUGCUAUGGAGUUGACAAUGCACUGGUUCGAGUUGCCGAUCCAACUUUUAUAGGUUACUUCAUUGAUAAAGGUGUGGCUGCUGCUGCAAAAGUUGUCCGCAAGGCAUAUCCACAAGAAAAGGUUGGUGUGUUUGUACGACGAGGUAAAGGUGGACCUCUUACUGUGGUUGAAUACAGCGAGUUGGACCCAUCACUAGCUUCUGCAGUCAACCAAGCAACUGGCCGUCUUCGUUUUUGUUGGAGUAAUGUCUGCUUACACAUGUUUACCUUGGAUUUUCUAAACCAAGUGGCAAAUGGCCUUGAAAAAGACAGCGUUUACCAUCUUGCAGAGAAGAAAAUCCCUUCUAUACAUGGAUAUACAACGGGAUUAAAACUUGAACAGUUUAUAUUUGAUGCAUUUCCUUAUGCUCCUACAACUGCACUUUUUGAGGUACUACGGGAGGAAGAAUUUGCACCAGUGAAAAAUGCAAAUGGAUCCAAUUAUGACACUCCAGACAGUGCAAAACUCCUUGUUCUACGACUCCAUACUCGUUGGGUUGUUGCUGCAGGUGGCUUCUUGACACACUCGGUGCCAUUGUAUGCAACUGGUGUUGAAGUGUCACCGCUCUGUUCAUAUGCUGGUGAAAACCUGGAACCUAUAUGUCGAGGAAGAACAUUUCACGCACCUUGUGAGAUUACAUUCUAGUUCCACGUCGUGUCAGUGGCUUUGUUGUGACCUACACAACAAUGACCAUGUUUUCAUUCCAUAUAUCUUGCAACAUUAAAUUUGUGUAUGCAGCUCCAUAUUCACUUGUAUCAAUAUAUAUGUAUCUUCUUCAAUCUGAUUUCCAUUGGAUUUUGAUUUUGGAUCA